AUGGCCGCCGAUAAUUCAGAUCACCGAACCAGGAUCAACCCCCUCAUGCCUCCUGCAAAGCAAGAGCGCAUUCACAUCUGGCGCACCGAAGUCGCUUCAGCCCUACACCUCCCCACGGCCCCGUCACUAUCAUCAUCACUAUCAUCUUCAUCCGCCGCCACUCCAGACCCCGACCCAGAUACUUCGUUUGUUACACCUCCAUCACCUGCUGGUUCCAAGCCCCGAAGCUUGUGGAAGCGCAUCAGCUGGCGCUUUGGGCCCAAGAGACGCACCGCUGCCAACAUGGCCGCCGCCGCCGCCGAGCUUCCCCCAGAUGGCCGUACAGCCAUGUACCGCGGACUUGAGAACAGGGUGGCUCGCGGAGAGGACGCGAGAGAUGAAGAAGGCGGCAUUCUGGAAAGGGAUAGCGAAGAAGGAAAUGGCUUGAAGGAGAAGCAAGAGAGGUUGGCUCGAGCAGCCAGGUUACUCAACCGUCGCAUCGAGGAACGGUGA